UUUCCUGUACGUAAAUAAGUAAAAGGUUAUCAAAUCUUUGUGCGUGUCGAGCGUUAAUUUGAUUAAUUAAAUACUACUCAGAAUGAAUGUUGUACGAAUUAAUUCAAGAAAUGUGAUUUUUAUUCUUCUGGCAAUUUUCUCGACUACUGUGAAACAAGCUCACAUGGGUUACGAGAGUGCAAUUAAGUAUGCACAAAAGGAGGCUAAUGUAAACUCUACACCGGCAUAUAGUAGUACAAAGGAAGAAAAUGCAAGAUUAUGUCCUAGUGGUAUUGCUUGUUCAGAAUUGAGUGGAGGGUGUUUGAAAUGUAAUUUGAAUCCUAAUUGUGUGUAUGGAGCUGUAUAUGUUGCCAAUUGUUCUGUUUUGGAACACAUUGAUUGUGUUGGUGAACAAUUCUUUCAAAAGAAAUACAUAUGUCGUUAUUGUUAUCAAACUGAACAUUGGGAGCAUGAAUGCCAUCAAAAGAAUUCCUGUAGCUCUGUAGCUUCUCCAAGACAGUAUUAUAGAACCAAUUGCACAGUAAAUGGUGAUAUACUGUGCCUAGGAAGACGCAGAUUUAUGAAAAAUUUGUUGUGCAAUUGGACUGUAGGAUAUCGUUGGUCAACAGCUUUAAUUUUAAGUAUCACUCUAGGAGGCUUUGGUGCUGACAGAUUUUAUUUGGGUCAUUGGCAAGAAGGAAUUGGCAAAUUGUUCAGUUUUGGAGGACUUGGAGUAUGGACAUUGAUAGAUGUAAUGCUUAUUUCUAUGAGAUAUUUAGGUCCAGCAGAUGGAUCACUCUAUAUUUAA